AUGUCCUAAUUAUUGGAUUCAGUUUUAAGGCAAUAAAAACAGAGGAAGUAAGUGUUUCUUUAUAUUAAGAGUCAAACAGUCAAAGGAAUUUUGAAAUUUCGCUAAGACUUUACAAUACCACACUGUGAUAACAACAGCGAAGACGCAUCCUUUGAGCCGAACCUGUGUUCAAAUAGAAAAAUCGAAUUAUAAUUGCCAGAAAAAUAGUCCUUUAAAGCUGACUGCUUGAGUCCAGAUCCAGAUCAAGACGAAGAAAGCAGAAGCAUGCUUCAUGUAGAAACAAAAUAAAAAGUGAAUCUCUGGGUUCAUGGUGGAUUAAGAAUCAUGUUCUACAUUACCAAAUUUAGUAAGCAAAUGAAAACCUACUCCACUGAAGUAAAGUUUAAGUCAUUAACAAACUAAAUUGUCUCGUUAAUCUCUGAUGCAGCUAGCGACUCAGAUAUAUUACUCCAUAAAUUAAAUAAAGUCGAAUAAGUGAUGAAAUCAUUUACGUGGCUUAUAAAUCAAAUACCUGUGCUUGAUCCAGACUCUAUCAUAAAAGUGCUUUGGGAUAUUUUUGUUUUAACCCAAAUUAUCAUCAAUAUCUUUUACAUUCCAAUGAAAUUGGGAUUUGACUUUGAAAGAGAAGAUAUAUUGUCUGGGAUAUUUUUAGAAACUUUGCCUUCUUGGACAUUUGUAAUUGAUAUAAUUUUGACAUUCUUCACAGCGUAUUAUAGUUAAGGACAAAUUCAUAGAGAUAAAUAAUAAAUUCUUAAACAUUAUGCCAACACGACAUUGUUAUGGGAUUUGAUGAUUGUUAUACCAUUUAUCUUAUCCUCUUAUAAUGUGCCUUAUACUGAAUACAUAUUAUUGCUAAGAGUAACAAAAGUUAAGUCUAUGAUUGAAGCAAUUGAAGAAGUCACAAAUCCAUCUAAUAAUGUGUAAACAAUUUUAGAGUUAUUCAAAUCCAUCUUCUUAGUUUUAUUUGUAUCUCAUUUUUGUGCCUGUUUGUGGAAUCUGAUAGGAGAAAUGGAAUUAGAGUCAAAAUAAAAUUCUUGGUUGAUUGCUAAAAACAUUACUGAAGCAGAAUGGUCCACUAAAUAUAUUCAUGCCUUUUAUUUUAGUACAAUCACAACCUUAACAAUUGGUUACGGGGACAUAGUUCCUCAGACAGAUCUUGAAAGAAUUUAUGUUAUAAUAAUGGCGAUGGUUAUUUGUGGAUUGUUUGGAUAUACUAUAUCUAGCAUUGGAAAUAUAUUAAAAUAGCUUACUGAAAAGGAAGAAUUAUUCAAAUAAUAAAUGAUGCAUAUCAAUAGCUUCUUAAAGAAAAAGAAAAUUAAUAAAUAAUUAAUGUUACAAGUGAGGAAGUAUUUCGAAUAUUUUCUGAAAAUGGAAUAAGAAUAUAAUGAAUUUGGUGAAAAAAUGAUGCUCAAUCUAGAUAAGAAAUUAAAAGAAUAAGUUGCAAUAGACAUGUAUUGUGAAAUGUUAAAGAAGUCAAGACUCAUCAAAUAAACUUUAUCUCUAAAAAGUGUAUAAAAAUUAUGUUCUUUUGUCCAUGAAUUGAAAGUGCCACCUGAGGAGAUUAUUGCGUAUUAAAAUGAAUAAGCUAACAAAUUAAUUUUCCUCUAAAGCGGAGAGUUAAGCUUGAUUUGUGAUUAAAAAUUGAGAGAAACCAUUUUGAGUAAAAUAGAGAAAGGCAGAUUUGUUGGAGAGAAAGAAUUCAUUACAUAAGCUCGAUAUGAAUAUACAAUUAGAUCAGUUAAAUUUUGUCAAAUUGCCUUUAUACAUUAUGAUGAUUUCUUAAGAAUCAUUAGAGAAGAUUCACUGGAAGAAGAAAAUUAUUGCAUGCUCAGAGAUUAGAUGUUGUUUACAGAAGAAAAAUAGAACUAUGGUGAAGUUUGUUAUAUAUGUAAAUGGACACAUUAAUUUAAAAAAUGUCCCUUAGUUUUUGUUCAUUUCAAUUUAGAUAGAAUAAGAAAAAAGUUUAUGAUAUCAGAAGACAUGAAUAGAAAAUAAUAUGAAAGAACCUUUGCAAAAAAAUUGUUUUAAAGAAACAUCAUACGAGAACAUGCUCUGGCAUUAAUUGUGAAUGAUAAUAUGAUUUAAAUAGAUGAUUUAACUGAUUAGUAUUUGGAUACAUUAGGUUUCAAUAUGGAUGAUGAUGAAAAUGAAAGGAUUAUUAAAACCAUUAAGAGUCAAAAAUCUACUAAAUCUUUACAUAAAGGACUUACAGGCUUUGAAUAAUUUAGUAGUGACUCCUCAGAAAGUGAUCAUGAUUCAGAAAUCUAAUUAAAUAAAACUAAAACCCCAAAAUCAUCUAGAUAUAAUCAUUUAUAAAGUAUAGAUCAAAAGAAGGUCAAAUUUUAAGAGAUCUCUGAACCUGAACCUAAAGUCUUAAGAGCAUAAAAUUCAUUCAAAAGAAAGGCAGAUAACAGACACAAAACCUUUUAAAGAUUAACCAGAAUAUCAAACAAUAGAUUUACUAAUAUCUCUUAAAUUUCUCAAGAAUAAAAUUAUUAAAAUCAACCCAUUUCUGUCUAAAAUUCCAGUGUUCCAAAAUUACGCAAGAAUAAUUCAAAUUCAUAUUCUAAUAUGGAUUUAGAAUUACAAGCUAAAACCUAAUCAAAAUUGGAGGUUGUUGGCAGUAAUAUGAUUAAUUAAUUGGAUGAGGUAGUCAGUUCUAAGUAAGGUGAUAACCAAUAUCAAAGAAUUGAUUUUGAAUUAGACAGGUAUUUCAUAACUACUUAUUACUUUACCAAUUCCAAUCUCGAUAAGAUUUUAUAAAAACUUAAAAAACCAAAAAAAUCAUUCAGAUCAGAUCAUAUUCAGAGUAUUAUUAGAAAAUCAAAGAUAAAACCCAGCCUCUAUAGUCCUGCAUAAAAGUGA